AGCGCGCAAUAUAAAAUACUGGGCGCCUUGAAACGUCGGUGCCACUAAGACUGCUGUCCCUUUCAGAAAGGACUGCGCUGCUAGCUCCGCAACGCCACGCGACAAUCCCAGAUCAGGACUGACUGCAAAUGAUAAUUUUGAAUUGAAUUUGCGGCAUUCGCUGAAUUAUGAGAUUGCUUCCCGCUUUGGAUUAAUGUCUAUGUUACCUUAAUUUGUUUGCGCCUCCUUUCGUUUGUCACCAAGUGUAAGCUUCUCUGGUCAUGGGGUGUAUUGUGUCAUUUUUGUUAGGCUGGUGAGGGGCUUCCCUAUUAUGUAAAGGGGAUACCAGGUGGAUCUAUGUUCUUAGAAGACAAAAGUGCCAGCAAAGGGAAAUCAGUGGAAGUUUAAGAUCAAGGAGAAUGCAGGCGACGUGUUGGUGCGCAGUAUUUCUCCUAGGACCUGCUAUAUACCUGGUCACAAGUGCUAAUGCAUCGAUUCCAGGGAAGUCAGGUCUCCUGAAAUCAGGAAGCCCCAAGUCUACAUUAAAACACACAUGGACAGGGAGCAGUAAGGACUUGUCCAUUAGUCGCUUACUCUCACAGACUCUGCACGGCAAGGAGAAUGCCACUGCGCUCGACCUGCGGUACAACACGCCAGAGCCGUAUUCCGAGCAGGACCUCUGGGAUUGGCUGAGAAACUCCACAGACCUCCAAGAGUCCCGCCCCCGAGCCAAGAGACGACCCAUUGUCAAAACAGGAAAAUUUAAGAAAAUGUUUGGCUGGGGGGACUUCCACUCCAAUAUCAAGACAGUGAAGCUGAACUUGCUGAUCACGGGAAAGAUUGUCGACCACGGAAAUGGGACCUUCAGUGUCUACUUCCGCCACAACUCCACCGGCCAGGGGAACGUCUCUGUCAGCCUGGUGCCGCCGACCAAGAUUGUCGAAUUUGACCUGUCGCAGCAGUCCGUUAUCGAUGCCAAAGAUUCCAAGUCAUUCAACUGCCGCAUUGAGUACGAGAAGGUCGACAAGGCGACCAAGAACACGCUCUGCAACUUCGACCCGUCGAAGACCUGCUACCAGGAGCAGACGCAAAGCCACGUUUCAUGGCUCUGCUCGAAGCCCUUCAAAGUCAUCUGCAUUUACAUUGCCUUCUACAGCACUGACUACAAACUGGUGCAGAAAGUGUGUCCAGAUUACAACUACCACAGUGACACUCCCUACUUCCCGUCUGGCUGAUGCUUUGAGGUGUAUGUGAAGCAAAUGCACAGAAGGAGGGCAAUGGACCCCUAAAUACAUCAGCUAUUUGUACUGUCCUGAAUGUGCUCACUAUAAAAUGAUGAUGCUGUCUACAUUAACCGUAAACUGGUUAUUUGCCCCAGUAAAUAUAAUAAAUCUGAAUUAUGAAAAGCAUACACAAAAAUAAGUCAAGAGGAAAAGGAUAAAAGAAGGAGAACAUCUAAAUGACUGUAAUGUGUCAUUUAUGUGG